AUGGCCGUUAUCGCUGACGCCACUGAAAAGGCGAGGGAGGAGGCCCAAUCUGCCCUGGACACUGUAGAGGCAUUUGCCGCUCUCAACCGAAAGCUAGUGGAUGAGCUGAGAACCACUGUUUGUGCUCGAGACGAGCUCUUGGGGGACUUGAGGAAUGAGAGAGGGAUCCGAGAACAGCUAGAACACGACAUCGAGGAGCUUCUGGGGAGCGGACUGGUCGCCGAGUUCAAACUCAGAGAAGAAGAUCUUAAGGCGCAGUGCAAGAGGGAGCAAGGGGAGAGCGCGAGAGUGGCCAAGGUGCAUGCUCGAAUGGAGGAAGAGUACCGCAUUGCCCUCGAUAGCUCGGGCAGAGAGCGGGCCCGCCUGCAGGAGACCGUUUCAAGUCUGGAGGAGACACUUCUGAGCGAUCGACGAGAGCACGCUAUCAGCGCUAGGGAGUUUUCCGAGCGAGCAACGAUGGGCUCCGAGGAAAUGCGCUCGUUACGUGCCGGCUUCCUCACGAGACCACGGCAGCGUGGGUACGACCGCCACACCGUCCGGCCCUCGGCCGCGAAACUGAGUGGCCAAGGAGGGUCCGGUGGCCAAGGCGAUGUCAGCGGGUGGCUCUUCGACGUCCAGCAGCGCAUGGACGCACAGAAAGUUGGAGCGGGGCGUGGCGUAGUCCGCCACCCCACGAAAAAGACCGCCCCCGAUGGCGGGCGCGGGGUCGGCCACCAAAACACGGGAUCAGACGGGAACCUUUCGUCCGCCGCUGUUGUCCCUCCUACCGGCGGUGCCAAGCGCCAGUUCACUCAGCCAACGAGCUGCGGCGGGGGCGGCGGCGGCGGCGGGGAUGGCUCCUCGAUCGGGAUCGGCGGCACGGGCAGCGGGGACGGGAACGCGGGGCAAGCCGUCCACGCAGCAGCGGUCGAGAACGUCGAGCUGUUCCUCGGGGAUUUCGUGCCGGAAGUGCGUGCUCAACCGCAGGCGGCUUCGGCGUUGCUGUCGGCCUCCGCCAACGCUUCUGGCUCCGGGGCGGAGGGGAAGGUUGGGGGGGAGGAACACGACGGUAGUGCGGUGGUGAAGAAGGGUUCGAAAUGGGCGGCGAUUGGACGGGGAGGGAAAAUCUCGGCCAGGGCAGCUGCGGUAUGCUUGGAGGAGGCUAACAAGGCAGCACAAGCAGAGACCCUCCAUCGUCUCCGAUCCAUGAUCAACGCCGCCGCUCGCACCCUCUCGGCGUCGUGGUUCUCGCUCCUGGCAACGGCGACGUCAGCUGCUGCCACUCACGGUGGCCACGUCGGCCAUGGAACCGGCGGCGGCAGGGGCGAAGGCACCGCGGUAGAGAACAUCAACAGCGCUGCCGACCGACCAGCGUCGACCGACGCCACCGUCCCGGCUAUCGCCGUGCGCCGCUUAGUGCAGAGCUGCGGGAUUCUGCGGAAUGCCGGGGGGGGGCCGACGCUGGCGCACGCUGACAUGGAGCUGCAGAGGAACACGGCCAGCAGGGGAGGGCGCUCCGUCGGCCACCGUGAGUACUUCAAGAUCAUCAUGGCCUUGUCACAGUACAGAUUCGUUGGUGACGCGAAAGAUCACGCCCUGGAACAACUGUCCCGAAUGCUGCGCCCUGUGCAACGGGAUAGCCCAAGGACGCCCCCCCACGCGCAGGGCCGUCAGGCGGGCGUUGGAAGCGAUGUUCCUGCACUACUCGACCUGUGGUCUGCUGCCCUUUUCGGCCUUGGCAGCGUUCUGCAAGCGAGGGAGGAACCGCCGGGCCGACGGUCGGCAGCGGCGCCGGCAACGGCAGCGCGGAAUCAGUUUGGAGAAGGGGGAGUGGUGGCUGCAGCCGGCCUUGGACUUGACCAGUGGAUGGCGUGGCUAGGACUCGUGGCCGUUGGGUGUUCUUGGUUCGACAAACAGCGCGGCCUCUACAAUACCCCGACGAAGAAGGUUCUCGGCCUGCUGCAGUGGAUGGAGGGGAGCGUCGGAAAGAAACGGAUCAGCGCCAAGAGGGGCGGGGCCUUCGUCCCCGCCUUCAACCUCCUCCCGCUGAAAGUCGAUCAUCGGCAGCGGCCGUGA